GUGUGAAUUUGCAUUUUAACAAAUUGUUAUCACAACUGAGCGACUGAUUUAAUACAUGACGGCAAACGGCGAUACGAUGGGUGUUAUGAAUAAUGGCGCAGAUUUGGCGGACCCUUCGCCCAGAAAUGACUCCGAUUAUGAGGACUUACCACCGAUUAACUCGGAAAAUGAUGACUUCACUGACACAGCAGCUAUUGCCAAUUUAUCAAUACAACGCAUCCCAUACAGCCGUCUAUACGACCCGCCAAAGAGUUUCAGUGAUCCCACGAAUCACUGGCUUUUGCCUAACAUUCCGCUCAAAGUGAAGAUAGUGAAGGCCGAGCACAGGACCGGCAAUCAUAUACUCAAUCCCUAUCUUUAUACCAUUCAAGUGGAGCACCAGCACUACCAAUGGGAGGUCAAGCGCCGACACACCCACUUCCAGCACCUACACCAACAGCUGCUCAUGUUUCGCACGAGUCUGAGGAUACCGUUGCCCAUCAAGAAGUAUAGGACCAGACGUAAGACCAUUAGCGAGAAGAAUAGGAAACCCGUCCCACGGUUUCCCAGACGUCCCGAAGCGCUCAUACUAUCGACCGAAGCACUCGAAGAACGUAAGAAAGAACUGGAAGAAUAUCUGCAGAACUGUCUGAAGAUCCCGAUGUAUCGCAAUCACCACGAGAUGAUGACAUUCCUGGAGAUCAGUCCCGUCUCAUUCAUCGACGAGUUGGGACAUAAGGGCAAAGAGUUUCUGGUGAUGAAGAGGGCCGGCGGCUUCCGGAAGGCCUCCUGUUUCACGCGAUUCGAGAACUUCAUUACAGACAUCACCGGACACUGGAGGAAGAGGUGGCUUGUCGUUAAAGACUCCUGUAUUCUGUACAUUAGGCCUAAAGACGGGAGGAUACGCGCCGUUAUGCUCAUUGAUCACGGAUUCACCGCUAAAGCUGGUGUGUCCACAGUGGGUGUACACCACGGCGUCCGCAUAUCCAAUAUGUCACGAGAUCUGUACCUCAAAUGUUGGACAUCGCGAAAGGCACAGGAGUUGUCUGAAUACCUGAUUCAAACGGGUGAGUCAUAUGCCCAAGACUUCACUAACUCCAACCGGUAUGGCUCGUUCGCACCCAAACGGGACGAUACCAGUGCCCAAUGGUUCGUAGACGGGGCCAACCAUUUUGAGGCCGUUUCGGAGGCCCUCGAGGCCGCCAAAGAGGAGAUCUUUAUAGCCGACUGGUGGCUCAGCCCUCAUAUCUAUAUGAAAAGGCCUGUCAUGGACGGAGAUCACUGGCGCUUAGACCGCAUACUGGAGCGCAAGGCUCGGGAAGGCGUUCACGUGUAUAUCCUGGUGUACAAAGAGGUGGAGCUGGGAAUCAGCAUAAACUCGUUGCUCACCAAACAGUGGCUCAUGAAACUGCACCCAAACAUACGGGUGCUGAGACAUCCUGACGCCGUGAGGGGCGGACCCCUGUUGUGGUCGCAUCACGAGAAGCUGGUGGUCGUCGAUCAGAGCUACGCCUUUGUGGGCGGUAUUGACCUAUGUUUCGGCCGAUGGGAUAACUACGAGCACCGGAUCACCGAUUUAGGGGGUAUUGUGUUCGACACCUCCGACACCAGCAUUAAGGAUCACACAAUAUAUAACUCUACGUCGCCGUCGGGUCUGAAAUUGAAAUCCAUGUCACAGUCGCAGACCUCUCUCAGCUCCUGGAGUGUUGAGCCCCUCAAUGAAAGUAUCAAUGAAAGUGUAAAAUCUCAUACUAAUGAGAAAGUGGUUAAGUUUGCACUGGAAGAGGACAGGGAUGAUGACAGAGAAAGUGAAGUUUUCAAUGUACAAGGCAACGAAACUAAUAAUAAUAAUAUUGCAAAUCAAUCGACAAAUCCUGACAUUAAAUUCAGUGAUAUUCCGCUCAAUGAUAACAAUAUUACUCCUAAUAAAGAGGGUGUCGAUGAGGUUGACGCUCAGCCAUCUACUAGUGAGGCACAUGGAGGUACGUUCAAACUGAGACUGGCCUCUAAGUUACGGACCAAACGGCUACAAGCAGUCGCGAAAUUCGCGCGAAUGCGUCAAUUCACUCGUCGAGCCCAGGGAACUGACUCCGAGUGCGACCCCCAGGACGUGGCCAAUGAUGAGCUGGACUUUUCCAUACCGGGCAUCAAGUCAACGGACACCGGGGCUGCUGUCAAAGGCCUGACGGGUGGCUCGAAACUGUGGUUCGGCAAAGACUAUUGCAAUUUCAUAGUUAAAGACUUUGUCGAUUUGCACCAACCCUUCAUCGACUUAGUCGACCGAAAUAACACACCGCGUAUGCCGUGGCACGACCUCUCCUGUAUGGUUACCGGUGCUGCGGCCAGGGAUGUGGCCCGACAUUUCAUUGAACGCUGGAAUUUUACCAAAUUUGAGAAAGCUAAGUUUAACGAUACAUAUCCCUGGAUACUUCCUAAAGCCUAUACCAAUGCCGAGACUAUAAAAGCGCCCAAAUUCCUGCUCCGGUCGGUACCGGUGUCCGCACAGGUGGUCCGCUCAGUCAGCGACUGGUCUAUCGGUCAUAAGCGCACCGACACGUCAAUACUGACCGCUCACAUCGAUCUCAUUAAUAACGCCAAACAUUAUGUCUAUCUUGAGAACCAGUUUUUCAUCACUCAGUCGGCGAGUCCACCACUGGAUCCGUCAGAAGUGGUCAUCAAUAGUAUCGGUGAAGCCAUAUAUCAUCGCAUUGUCCGCGCCUUCAGGGAUGGCCAGACGUUUCGGGUGUUUAUCUUUUUUCCAUUACUUCCGGCGUUUGAAGGUGAAAUCGGUACGAGUCGUGGUGUUGCCAUCCAAGCCAUCACUCACUAUAACUACGCGACUAUAUGUCGGGGCGAGAAUUCACUGAUAAACCGACUCCGGCGCGAAGUGGGCGACCCUUUCAAUUACAUAUCAUUCUAUGGGUUGAGAAACUACGGCGAACUGCACGGAAAGUUGGCCACAGAACUCAUUUAUGUGCACAGUAAACUGCUAUUAGUGGACGACAACAAAGUGAUAAUCGGUUCUUGUAAUAUCAACGACCGGUCAAUGGUGGGCAACAGGGACUCGGAGGUGGCCGUAGUUCUCACUGACCAACAGUUCGAGCCCAACGCCGUUAUGAAUGGCCAGCCCUACGAUAAAUGUGGCAAAUUUUGCGGCGCCUUAAGGCGUUACCUCAUGCGAGAGCACUUGGGUUUGUUUGGUGGGUCGACCUCCAAAGUCAACGACAAACCACCGCCACUGCCGGACAUCGACAUCCGGGACCCGAUUAGUGAUAAGUUCUAUAAGGAUGUCUGGAUGGCCAGUGCGGCCAAGAAUGCAGCCAUUUAUGAGCGAGUGUUCCCUGUGGUGCCCACCGAUCAGGUCAAGUCAUUCGCACAGCUCCGGGAGUACCUCAAUAAGCCAAAACUGGUGCACACCGACCCUCAGGAGGCGCGCAAGUGUCUCGAGAAGGUGAGGGGACACCUGGUGCUGAUGCCACUCAACUUCCUGGAGAACGAAGACCUGACACCCGCCUGGGGUACCGGCGAAAAGCUUAUGCCCUCAUCCCUGUGGACGUGAGCCAUACAUAUCGGGUAUAGCUUUGAUAUACAGGACUCACACACACUCUCUCCAAGUCUGGUAUAGUCUGUAUACCGGAUCUCAUAGUAAUCAAUGGUAUACCAAAAAAUGACAUGGAUUAUUGACUGUGCAAUACUUGCUCA